AUGGCAGCACCUCAACGUUUUCCACUACCGAACAUGCCCUUUCGCCGAGAGGUCCAUAGCGGUUGUGCGAUCGGGACGUCCAUCAGUCUCAGAGCUCAAGCAUUUCAAGCUAAAGAAAGGAGCUUCACCAUACAACUCUCCACAGCGAAAGAUAUUGCCGUACUGGUCACAGUGCCAAUAGCUAAGAACGGUCGUAUGGCCGUUUGCGCAAGAGUAGGCGGAAAAUUCUCUAGUGAAGUGGACAAACCGUUUCUUCUUCCAUAUGAAAUGAAAUUCACUCUUCAUUUACGACUUGCUCAAUUUGCUACAGAGAUUUAUUUCAACGAUAACCACAUGCUGGAUUUUGUCCAUCGAGUGAACCCUGCAGAAAUCAAAGAAGUGCAUAUCGAAGGCCCGUUGAUAGUAGAAGAAGUAGUGUUUACACCACCUCAAGGAAGUUCUCUGGAUCCUGUCCCGUCCUAUGAGCAAGCAACUAACAUGGGAUCGGAUCCCAUCAAAGAAUUCCGACACCUAGAAAUCGGACCACCUUCAUCAAGUCUUACUCCUGUACCUGCCCCUUUUCCUGGCUCGAGUACGUCCCCAGUGCUCAUUCCUACACCAGGUCCACCACAGAUCGGCCUCUCGAGCUCUGUGGUCAACCAGCCUAUUGCUGGGAUUCCGCUGCCAUCAGCGUCAACAUCUACAAACCCCUUUGUUGGUUCCUCUUCCGGAACAUUCCCCUCUCCUUCUCCUGCAGGACAGCUGAACUCAAAGUCGGCAAUAUACGAAAAGAAUCCACAAUAUGUUCCGACAGCCUUCGAGCAAGCUCAAAGGUAUGGAACUCCAUCAUCCACCACCACAACGCCGUAUUAUGUCACUUCUCCUACUCCAACACCUACGCAUACUCCGGCACCGGCUACAAGUUCUGGAUCAUCUGCAAUGCCUGUGCUUCAGCCGACAUCCUUUCAAGCGCAACCGCUCCAGCCGACUCCGUAUCCGUCGAGUUCACAAGCGCUCCAACCUAUACCAUCUUAUGGUCCCACAACGAACACACCUUAUCCUCAAGUGAUGCCUCAACCUCACACCUCGAAUCAACCGUUUCCAACAGCACCAGGCAUGAAUCCCUACGGGUAUCAGCAAUAUCCAACUGUAGUUCCUGGACCACAAGGAAUGCCGAUGCAACCUCACUAUAAUCCUUAUCAGCAGCAGUUACCUCUUCAAUACACUGUUCCUUCGGCUCCUUACGUUCCAGGAUACGCACCGCAACAUUAUCCAGGUUAUCCAGUUGUCUACGGAUCCGGGUGCCAUAUAGCAAACCUUAGGCCCAAAGAGAAGACAGAAGCAGUAGCCUACUCUAUUCUCCUAUUGCGAAUCGCUCUGAAAAGUCGGCGGACUGUUCAGGAAAACAAUGCCAAACAAUCAAGUUCGGAUGGAGUCGGCUCUAAGGAUCCGCAUCUGAAUUUACAACAAUCUAGUUUCACUACUUCCCGACAAAGGCAUUCAUCUAUUCUAGAUGCCUCUGGAAUGAACUUCGCUGUUGAAGAGACUAAUAUCGAUCAGACAACAAUACAACUACUUAUACGGAUUGAACUGAUUGAAUUGCUCAUGCAAAAUCUUUCAAAGAAGGCACAGCCUGAACAAGGAGCAGUGGAUGUGAGCUCUGCACGAGAGAGUUAUCCAGAAUUUGUGAAACAAAUCCAAGAACAGCUACCUCGAUUAGCGGGUAUCGCUCGUAGUCCUGAAGUUACGUCGGCGUUGAAAAAUCCACGAGUUUUGAUGGCCUUGCGGAACAUACAGCUCAGUAUGUCCACGAUUCAACGAGAAGCACCAAUGUUGGUUGAAGCGUUCAGAAGUAGAUUAGCCGCGCAGUCUGGAGCGACACUCCCGAAAAGGGACACUGCAACUUCAGCAUCAGCUACAUCAACGUGCGUUUCUGAUCCUGUUUUGCGCCGUGAAGGCGAUGCCAAUGCCUCAAGAGAUACAGAUAUUCUAUGCUUACAGUAUGAAGGUGAACUGGACAAACUCGCUAAAAUGGGAUUCACGGACAAAAAGAGAAAUCUCACCGCUAUUCGUGCUUCCAACGGUAGUAUCGAAGAUGCUGUAGAUUUUCUAUUGAAUACCUCAGAAUUGGCUUUGAAAUAA